UUGAAGCUCAAUCUCGAGGCGGAGGGGUUCGCGGCCGAUGUCGAGGACAACGGCGAGGACGCCCUGGAGCGGCUCCUCGACGACGGGGGCGUCGGCGCCAACGCCUUCGACGUCGUGCUGCUCGACGUCAUGCUGCCGGGCCUCGACGGUUUCGAGGUCGUGCGGCGGUUGCGGGCGGCGCGCCGUUUCGUCCCGGUCAUGCUGCUGACGGCGCGUUCGCACACCGACGACGUCCUGCGCGGAUUCGAGGCGGGCGCUGACGACUAUCUGCCCCAAGCCGAGGCGGGGCAGGCGGCGGAGGACGACGAGUACUCGUUUGCCGGCCGGCACGUCGACUUUCGCAACCAGGUGCUGCGCCGCGACCGCGCCGAGCAGCCGCUGACGCUGAUGGAGGCGACGCUGCUGCGCUAUCUGGUGCAGCACGCGGGCGCGACGGUGUCUCGGCAGACCCUCCUCGAAGAGGUGUGGGGGGUGCGCCAGGACACCGACACCCGGACCGUCGACAACUUCGUGGCGCGGCUGCGGCGCUACAUCGAGACCGAACCGGCCCAUCCGCGGCAUCUGCUGACGGUGCGCGGGGUCGGCUAUCGCUUCGUCCAGGAGCCCGACGACUAG